UACAAUGUGCUCUGAGAAUAACAAAUGUGUUUGCAGACAUAAAUUCGUUCCAAUGAAUAAGUUCACCUGUACACCGACUGUAGGAGCAUCCUGCACGGAAAACGUAGAAUGUCAACCUGCUCGUUUGCUGUGUCUAGAUAAUAAAUGUCAAUACUAUACUAAUUUUUCUACUGUGUUAAAUAGUAAACCUGUACAAGUUGCAUUGGGAAGCCCAUGCCAAAUAAAUGCAGAUUGUACGAUAUUAAAUUCAAAGUGUGGUAUUCAUAAAAAAUGUGUCUGUGGCGCUAAUACUUUGGCUCUCAAUGAAUCAACUUGUGUGUCGAUUUUACAUGGGUCCUGCUCGAAUGAUGAUCAAUGUUAUCCUUUUCCAGUUCGUUGCUCGUAUAAUAAAUGUCAAUGUAAUCAAGAUUUUACAUCAGUGUCUGCAAAUCAAUGCAUUAAAACAAAUCUACUAUAUUCUUGUAGUAGUGACUUAGAGUGUAGUGACCUAUGGCAUUCACGUUGUUCAAAUGAUGGCAAAUGUGUUUGUAGAUCGAAUAACAUUGCAACAAAUAAUUCUACAUGUCUACCCAUUUUAGGUGGAAAUUGUUGGAAAGACGAUCAAUGCACGACCGAAAAUUCAGCUUGCAUUGAUUUUCGGUGUACGUGCAAGCCAAAAUUCAUUGCUGUUGCUAGAAAUCAAUGCGUAUCUAUUGAUUAAUUGAUUGAAUGUUGAACCAGAAAUUAAUUGCAGCAUUUUUAUGGAACAUGAGUAAUCAAAUCUUCACAGAAAAAUAUUAAUAAUCAAUUGUUUUUCAUUUAUAGUUUUAAUGUUGUGAUCGUUUCAGUGUCAAGUCAUAUCCAUUUAUGUGUUAUCGUUCUUGUUACUUCUCACAAUGUUUAUAACAUUUACCAUCAGACGAUUCCUAUUGCAGACAUUUCAUAGGUUCCAAUAGGAAUUCCAUUAAUGUAGACCUAA